AUGGUCGAGAGUGGUGUCCCCCAGGGUUCUGUACUGGGACACAUUUUGUUCCUUAUCUACGUGGACGAUGCCGCAAGAGAUUUAGACUGUGAAGUAGCAAUGGUUGCGGAUGACAUGAAGAUAUGGAGUGUAAUUCGGGGUCCUGCCGAUGAAGACAGACUGCAGAUGCACCUGAAUCGGUUGGAGGAGUGGUCAAACCGUCGGCUCCUGCGGUUCGACGUUGCCAAAUUUAGCAUACUUCGCCUAGGCAACACAGCCAGAUCCGCCAGCACAAGAGGCUACUUUCUGGGCGGUGCAGCCCUACAAGAGGUCGAAGCCCAAAGGGACCUCGGUUUGCUGACGACGAGUUCCCUAAAACCAUCCGCCCACUGUUCGAGGGUGGCAAAAAGCGCAAUGUCCGUACUGUACGCCAUCAAGCGUGCGUUUAUGGACUUUGACGAAGAAGCUUUCUCUAAGACAUUCGGAACAUUUCUCCGGCCGCAUUUAGAGUACGGCAUACAAGCUUGGAGGCCGUGGGCUGUUGUGGAUCAAAACUGCCUCGAAAGAGUCCAGAGGAGAGCCACGAAGAUGGUCAGGGGUCAAAGCUCCUUUCCUUAUGCGACCCGCCAAGUAAAUCUGAACCUCUUUCCUUUGAGUUACAGGCAACUUCGCGGAGAUCUCUUGCAAGCCUUCCGCAUUGUAAAGGGGUUGGAUUGCAGUCUGGCCUUCGAGGACUUCUUUGAAUUUGCUACCACGACCAACCUCCGAGGUCAUCCGUUCAAACUGCGCACUCAGCAGGCACGGCUGGAUGUGCGGAAGUUCUCCUUCUCGGUUCGGCUGGUCAAACCAUGGAAUGAGCUUCCCGCAGAUGUUGUGAUGUCACCAUCUAUAGAAAUUUUUAAGAAGAAUCUGGACAUAUUUAUGUUCCGAAAUGACCAAGAGCGAUGA